GUGUAGAAUUGCAGCUCUGCACCUAGGCUGCCACAAUCUGUGGAAUGAAGAAAGUGCAUGCAUGGUUUGUCUGGCUUUGCAGCUGCUGCGACGGGCUGAUAGAGAGCAGCCAGACUUCUGUGUCUAAAGAUUAAUCAUCAGCUGUGUCGUUCACUGUCAGAGCCUAAAACACGGUCCUGAGCUGAGUCAUUUUCACAUAUUUAUUCGCUCUUAAAGUUGAAACUAAGUAAAGAGUGCAGACAUGUCUGCUGCCAGCUGUCUUCUAUCUGAAGCUCAGUUUCUGUGCUCCAUCUGUCUGGAUGUCUUCACUGAUCCAGUCUCCACACCAUGUGGACACAACUUCUGCAAAAACUGCAUCAGUCAUCACUGGGAUAUCAGCUACAGGUGUAAGUGUCCCAUGUGUAACAAGUUGUUCAGGAUGAGACCUGAGCUGCACAUCAACACUUUCAUCUCUGAGAUGGUUUCUCAGUUCAGACGUGAAGCUCAGCAGAAAGUCAGCAGCAGCAGCUCAGAGCAACAAGCUGCCAAACCAGGAGAAGUUCCCUGUGACAUCUGCACUGGAACCAAACUGAAGGCCCUGAAGUCCUGCCUGGUGUGUCUGGCCUCCUACUGUCAGACUCACCUGCAGCCUCAUCUGACAGCUUCAUGUCUGAAGGGACAUCAGCUGAUCGAUCCUGAGGCGAAGCUGGAAGGCAGGAUAUGUGUGAAGCACGAUAAACCUCUGGAGCUGUUCUGUAAGACCGAUCAGACAUGUGUCUGCAUGCUCUGCUCUGUUAUAGACCACAAGACUCAUGAGUUUGUUUCUCUGAGAGAAGAAUAUGAAGGAAAGAAGGCAGAACUGGGGAAGACUGAGGCUGAAAUUCAACAGAUGGUCCAGAGGAGACGACUGAAAAUUCAGGAGAUCAAAGAGUCAGUGAAGAUGAGUAAAGAUGCUGCAGACAGAGAGAAAGCAGAAGGUGUUCAGGUCUUCACUGCUCUGAAGGAGUCUGUUGACAGACGUCUGAAUGAGCUCAUAAAGGAGAUUGAAGACAAACAAGAAUCAACAGAGAAACAGGCUGAAGGUUUCAUCAAAGAUCUGAAACAGGAAAUCUCUGAGCUGAUGAAGAGAAGCUCUGAGGUGGAGCAGCUCUCACGUUCUAAAGAUCACCUCCACCUCCUCCAAAGCUUCUCAUCCCUGAAAGCUGCUCCAACCACCAAGGACUGGACAGAGGUCAGUAUCCAUCCACCAUCAUAUGAGGGGACUGUGGUGAGAGCUUUGGUGAGAGCUGUGGGUCAACUGAAGGCAACACUUGAUGAAGAGUUUGAAGACUUGUUUGAGGCUGAGCUAAAGAGGGUCCAGCAGUAUGCAAUGGAUGUGACUCUUGAUCCUGAUACAGCACAUCCUAAUCUCAUUCUGCCUCAUGAUGGAAAACAAGUACACUGUGGUGAUGAAGAGAAGAGUCUUCCAGACAACCCAGAGAGAUUUUCUAUGUUUCUUUGUGUUUUAGGAAAACAGAGUUUCUCUUCAGGUAGAUUUUACUUUGAGGUUCUUGUUAAAGAAAAGACUGACUGGGCUUUAGGAGUGGCCAGAGAGUCAGUCAACAGGAAGGAAGACAUCACAUUGAGUCCUGAGAAAGGUUACUGGACUAUAGCGAUAUAUGAAAAUAUUUGUGUAGCUCUUGAGGAUUCUGAAGUCCGUCUCCCUCUUCACUCUGGUCUUGAGAAGGUGGGGGUGUUUGUGGAUUAUGAGGCGGGCCUGGUCUCCUUUUAUGAUGUAGAUGAUGCAUCUCUCAUCUACUCCUUUACCUGCUGCUCCUUCACUGAGAAACUCUACCCAUUCUUCUGCCCAGGUGAUAAUGAUGAUGGUAAAAACUCUGCACCUCUGAUCAUCUGUCCUGUCAAUCAAUCAGUCUGAUCUUUUUUUUAAUUGUGUAUUAAACCGACACAUAGAAGUCCUAAAAACAAAAUUCAGCAAACUGCAAAUGUUGAUUACCUUAUUUAGAAGAGACCAAGAGGACACUCCUCAGAUGCAUGGCACAGCAAAGGAUAAGCAGCUCAUCAGGACCACAAUAAGCUGUACAUUUGCACCUAAAGGAGAAAAGGAAUUCUUUAGAGAACAUUAAUAUUUCCACUUUGAACUGUGAGGACAGAUGUUUGAAAGAGAAGCCAUCUAUAUUCCAGUGUGAAAGACAGUCAUUCACCAGACAUGACAGCAAUUGUCAGGUACUUACAAUACAGUCUUGAGAUCCAUGCCCACGUGAUUUAUUCCCCACACACACCUUGAUCCACGUGACCUUAAUAACUCAAAUGAUGUCUGUGAAGGUUUUCAGUCAUCCAGGUCUGCAUCUAAAGGACAAAGGUCACUCUUUCGAGGUUGCCAAUGUUCACAUUUUGGACAGAGAAGACAGAUGGUUUGAAAGAGGAGUAAAAAAAGCCAUUUAUGUUCACUGUGAACGACCAUCUUUGAACAGAGGUGGUGGUUUACGACACCAACUGUCUGCCAACCAAGUCAUUCAAGCCAGGCCAGAGAUAAAAUCCCUCCUGUUUGUCCUUGGUCUGGCCCUGGGCCUCCUCCCAGUGGGACAUGCCCGGACACCUCACCCAGGAGGCGCCUGCAAGCAAUCCUUGUCAGAUUCCAGAACCAACUCAACUGUCUUCUUCCAUUGUGGAGGAGUAGCAACCCUAUUCUGAGCCCCUCCCAGAUUGCCGAACUCUUCGCCCUCAGACUUGGAGGUGUUGAUUGUCAUUCCUGCCACUUCACAGUGGCUUCGGCUGCAAACUGCUCCAGGGUGAGCUCGAGGACACCACCUGAUGAAGCCAACAAAACCACAUCAUCUGCAAAAAGCAGAUAUGAGAUACUGAGACCACACAAGUGGAAGUCUUCUGCCACUUGGCUAUGCCUAGAAAUUCUGUCCAUAAAAAUUUUGAACAAAAUUAGUGAAAAAGGGCAGCCUUGGCAGAGUCCAACACCCUACAAGCCAUAUGACAUCCAGAGCUUUCAGUAACUCAGAGCGAACUUCAUCCACUGCACAAUCGCACCACUUUCCCGUCCUGACCUGGUUUGCCAGAAUCUCUUUAAGUCUAAAAAGUCUUUUUCACUGGCCUCUUUGAACUCCUCCCACACUUAAGUUUUUGCUUCAACCACUGUCCAAGUUGCAUUCCACUUGACCUGUUGGCACUCAUUGACUGCCUCCAAAGUCCCACAGGCUAGGCAAGCCCGAUAACAGACUCCUGCUUCAGCCAAAUGCAGCUCAGGGCAGCAGCUUCAGUAAUGGAGGUGCUGAACAUGGUCCAUUCUGACUCAAAAACCGCAGUCUCCCUCUAAAUGCUGUCAACCUCUGGCUGUCUGCCAGAGGUUGGAGCUAAAGAUCUUGUGGACGGGGGCCCCUGCCAGGAAUUCCCAGCACACCCUCACUAUAUGUUUAGGCACAUGAGGUAUGUCCAGUAUCCUUCCCCACCACCGGAUACACCUCACCACUAGAUGGUUAUCAGUAUAUGGCUCAGCACCUCUCCUGACCCGAGUUUCCAGAACAUCCAGCCGCAGAUUUGAUGAUAUGAUUACAAAAUCGCUCAUUGACCUGUGCAGGGAACAAACCCUCUCAUCCACUGGGAAAAAGGAACAGGCAGCAAGCUGAGGAGAUAUUAGGAUGAAGCCUGAAACCCACUAAACCGACUGAAGCUUACUAUUGAAGUAAAUGUGAUCAGUUUCAGUGUUAUUCACUAAGCUGUUGCAAGUCAUCUGAUUUCCAUCAACAGCUAAAAAGAUCCAUUUCAGCAAGUCCAACUUUUUUUUAAUAAGCCUUAAAUUUGCUAAGAACUGCACAAUUUUCAGGACUCUAUUACUGAACUGUGAUCCAGUCAUGCAGGAACAAUGGAUGCAGGCAAUCCAGAAGUUCCACUGGUGGCUAUAAGGAUUUUUCCCCAUUGUAUUUCAUAUUUGAAAUGCAGCAAUGAAAGCACUAUUGGGGGAUGCUCAGAGGAAGAAGAGAGUGGCUGGCACAAAGAAAUGUCAUGGUCCCAAGUCUUCAACAUUUCAGUUCUGUUCAUUAUUAAGAUUUUUUCUGCUUAUUUAAAUGUUUUAUUCUUGUAAUUUUGAGUUUGUAUUCUAGUUUCUAUCUCAUUUUGUUUUCCAUGAUUUCAUUCCCAGUUUUGAUUGGGUCUUCCUUUGUUAUUUGUAAUUAGUUAUUAUUUAUACUUGAUCCCCUGGGUUUGAAUUUUCCUGCCAUCCUGUUUUCCCUGUGACUGUGAAGUCUGUGUUUCUGUGUUUGAUGUUCCCAUGUUUUAUUUUGAUAGUCUCCUGUCUUGUGUGCAUUGUAUUUAGCUUUGCUUUCCCUGUCUUUAAUUAAUUAAUUGUCUUUAAUUUUAGAGGUGUUCUUUGAUGAUCCCCAUUUCCCUACUUGCCUUGUUUCUAUUUAUAUCCUUUGUCUCCCCUCAGUUCUUUGUUGGGAAGAAAAGGAAAAAAACACCACGCAGGAAUCUUAGUAAUGAAAAUUAAACCGAACCUUAUUGAUUCCUUCCAAAAAACUAAAGAAGUUAGAAUUAAGAUCUUGGGCUCAUAUUGCAUUUUGUAAGAGUAAUUUCUUUGGUGGCAUUCGAGGGGUUUUUGUAUUCUCCACACUCCAUACCAGUUGGUGGUCAUAAUGCACAAUUUUUCUGUUUGUCAGCCAACAAUAGAAACUAAUAAAAAGGGAGAAAAAAAAGAACUCCGCAGCUUCACGAACAAAGAAGCCAUCAUUCAUGUUAGUGCAGUACUGCAGUAGAUUCUCACUCUUGCAGGGAGCUGUGAUCUCAUUUUUAAAGCAGUGACAGCACAGCCUCUAUGAUGGACAGUUUCAGUUUACUGUGUUAAACUGAGUUACACCACGGCAGCAACUUAAGCACUGUUUAAAACCGCUGGUGCGUCAUUAGCACGAAACUUAAUGUGAAGAUGUCUGAUUAAGAGAAGCCGUGUCAGGAAAAGAGAUCCCGGAUGUGCUGACCCUGGUCUUUGACAACAAGUUGGAGGUGGUUUGCUGGACUGAUGAGAAUCUUGUGUCAAUUUACAAAUACCUUAUGUGACAGAAUCAUUCAAACAGAGAGCUGUGAAGCUAAACUUACUCCUCAUUACACCGAGUAUUCCUCAUGAAACUACGAACACUGGAUCCAACUUAAAAAUAAAUCAAAAGGUGAAAUAGAUUCCUGAAACUGUCUAAGUAGAGCUAACAAUAGAAAACAUCACCAGUCUUGUCAAAGUCUUGUUCAGAUUACAUCAACACAGCUUGUUAAAAUUCACUGUGCAUUAAACAAAUAAAGAUGAGCUCUAAACGAGGUGUAUUCAUGUAGAGAUACAGACUCCACUCAGAUUCAUUUCUCAGUUCACUGUGUGGUAGAAAUCUCUGAAUGAGUUUAUUUCUCCUGUUCCUGUCAGAUAUUCAGCAGACAGCUGAGGGUCUAUACAUCAGUGUGUAGUGUUUAAUGUUUUAGAUUUGACUGUGAAUUUAAAUCUUUGAUUCAUAGAAACUUUCUGUUCAUGGGUGUCAUUAAAUCAAAAGUAGACGUUUCUGCUGUUGUUGUAAUAAUAAAGUCUGAUUUCUCUUGAUAAGGUCUUUAUAAAAACACAUCUCUUUUGAGCAUUAAAACAUGAAGUGAUCAGGGUAAUAUGCUAUAAUAAAGAGUUUAAAGACUUCA